ACAGAUGGAGCAUCUGUACCCAAACGCGUCGCGCAGCGUCAUUCCUGACCAAAGCUCGGCACGGACGAUGUGGCUCACCGGUGUGGCCAUCGCUUCUGUUUACGGCGUAAUCAGCGUGUUGGGGCUAAUAGGCAACAUCACCCUCAUUAAGACAUUUUGCUCCGCCAAAUCCAUCCGCAAUGUGCCGAAUCUCUUCAUGUCGAGCCUUGCGCUCGGGGAUGUUUUACUGCUGGUGACCUGCGCUCCGGUGGAUGCCAGCCGCUACCUGUCAGAGGAGUGGCUGUUCGGGAGAGUGGGCUGUAAAGUCAUCCCGUUCAUUCAGCUCACUUCGGUUGGGGUGUCUGUGUUCACUCUCACAGCUCUCUCUGCUGACAGGUACAGGGCCAUCGUGAAGCCCCUGGACAUCCAAACAUCGAGCACCACUACCAGCAUUGUCCUCAAGGCGGCACUCAUCUGGGUCUUUUCCCUGGUCCUGGCUAUCCCUGAGGCCAUCUUCUCAGACCUCCACACCUUCAAUGUCACCGCCACCAAUGAGAGCUUCACCACCUGUGCCCCCUAUCCUCAUGCAGGGGAACUGCACCCUAAGAUCCAUUCCAUGGCCUUCUUCCUUAUUUUUUAUGUCAUUCCCCUACUGGUCAUAUCUGUGUACUACACCUUCAUCGCUCAAAGCCUGAUGAGGAGUGCCUCAAACCUGCCUGUGGAGGGGAAUGUGCAUGCAAGACAACAGGUUGAAUCACGAAAGCGCUUGGCCAAGACAGUGCUGGUGUUUGUUGGUCUCUUUGCAGUCUGCUGGCUUCCCAGUCAUGUCAUCUACUUGUACCGCUCCUAUCACUACUCCGAGGUGGACACAUCCCUGGUUCACUUUGUGUUCAGCAUUGUGGCUCGUAUCCUGGCCUUCACCAACUCCUGCCUCAACCCGUUUGCCCUUUACCUGCUGAGCAAGUCAUUUCAGAAGCAGUUCAACCAGCAGCUUUGCUGUUGCUGCCGUGUCAUCCUGAAACACUCCUCACAAAGCCCAACACAGUACAACACACGUGUGACCUCUGUCCGCAGCACUCAUCACUCCGUGGCCAGUCUGAGCAUGAUCAACGGUAGGUGGCUCUAUCAGGAGGACUGUGUGUGAGGGAAAAGUUAACCACAAAACACUUGGGGGCCAACUUGGUGUAAAUUAAUGCAUGUAUUUCUUUCUUUUUUUUUUUUACAAGCUUACUGCUUUAAUAUGUUAGCACUAAUCUCUGUGCAGUCAGUGGCCUUGUUAUCCACAUCUGAACAUGGUUGCACUACUGUGCAAAAGUUUCACCCUUUAUACUGAUGUAGCAGUACAAUCCAACAGUAUUUUUCCUUUAAGGAGUAUUUGCUAUUGUAGAUUAGUAGUAUAUGAAUUAAAUUAUAAGGAGGCAGGGAGGUCCUUUUCUAUUGUAAGAUAACCUCUUUGCUAUUCUUCAGUUUGUUUUACAAACUGUUUAAGGACAGUCUUCGAGACAUUAUUGAAAUGUUUUCACAGACUGCGUUGUACACACCGUGACAACUUACCUGAACAUCAUGAGUAAAAUUUGUGGAGUGUCGCUUUAAGGGUUUCAUCCAAACUCACUAAUUGUGAAAGAGGUGCAGAAUUUGCAGUCGGACAGACAAGAAAGGAUAGCAUUUUGCAUCUGUGAGGAAAAAUCAUCUCUAAUGAAGCUAUAGCUUAGAGAAGUGGCAGAAACCAGCAUCAGUCUUUAGGGCCACCCUUUUAGUAUCAACACGACGACAUUUCAAAGAAUCAGGGAUUAUCUUUAACGAAGUAAAAAAGCUUUUUGUUGACGAUAAAUAAGUUGAAGUGCUUUUGCUAUGUUUGCUAUGCUAUGAAAAGUCAAAUCACUUUGCUCUAAUUUGUGAUGUCUGUUUAUAUUUCUUGAUGAAUAGUAUUCUGUCUGUAUUCUGUCUGAGUGUAAUAUUUCUAAAUGUUAUAUUUUGUGACAACUGUGAAAUUAUUGAGCUGCGAUGUACACUGUGAAAAAUGAACUGUGAUUGUAAACAUGUCGUAGAAAUCACAUUUGUAACUCUUUUUGUGUGUGUAUUAACACAGGUUGCAUUCAGUUCUGCAGUACAUUAAUGGACACUAAGUGUAGUGUUUUGCUUAAAAAUAAUGCUUCUUUCCAAUGGAAGAAACAUAAUGUAUAAUCAAUAAAAAGGCAGUCAAA